CAACGACAAUCACAUCCCAUCGCAUCGCGCGCUGACGGCUAUGCUUGUCUUCACCAAGCAAUUGAAAGAGCACUCAGCGACCUUUCAGGUGCGCAUUUGCAGACUCGCCUCCAAUGCCCAAGAUGUCGCACCCACGAGCAGGUCAGAUGCACUGGAAGCAUUCAGCGACUGUCUGUUGCGACAUUGUUUUCCCUUUUCCCGACGUGUUCCCUUGACCAUUCCUCGCAGCCGUUAAUUUGAUAUCGAAUUGUUUGAUGUCCGCUUACUUACACUUCGUCGUGAUAUGGCAGCAGCUGUCGCGCCCGACGCCUGAUUGACCACUGCGCACUGUUUGACACCCUUCCCGAGCAUUGAGACAUGGCGACAAACGCUCCGUACUAUCAGCUGCGCGGCCAGUUCACCAACGCGACAAACGCGCCAUUCUCGACCGACGAUGACGACUAUGACCUUGCCACUUCGCUGGCCCCUCAUAAUACCGCUCUCUACGUCGAUUCCCAGGCUGCAGAUGCGCAGGACAAUACCUUAGAAGAGAGCCAUAAUCUUGUCGAACUUCUUGAAGCUGCGACCACUGCGGCGGACCAAUCUGCGGACGCAAUGAACAUUGAUACGAGUUACACGACGACGAGACCGCCCACACAGAACAGAGGCAAGAGGAAGCGCGGCGCGAGCCCCUCGGACGAUGACGGCGAUGCGGGGCAAGAGCGCGGUCAUGCUGGCCAAAAUGUGAAUGGACAGUCUGUUGCGAAGCGCCCCCGACUGAACAUGCCUACAGACCCUCAAUUAGACUCUACAAACCCCGAGCAAGACUCGCUCGGACAGCCGAGGACAUCUCAAGCCAAUAAUGCAGUGAUCAAUGAACCGCAGCCCGCCAACGUGAACCCCGCCGCGGCACUGUUCAGACGCGCCUCGGAGCGGACAUCGAGGAAGUACACGCGGCCGCCUAUGUCAAAGCUGUUCAUCUCGCUGCAAUUGACGCCGGAGAACUUCCUGCAUCUGCAGGCGAAGGCGAAGACGUACAUGCUCGAUACGUCGCAUCCGGAGCGGCAGAACUGUGUGGGCAAUAGGGGCAAGGGCGAUACCGACAUGGUGAAGCUGCGGCUGUUUAACUGCGUGAGGGAUUUCCUUAAGGAAGGUGCGGGUGAGCAGUUCUUCGGCGAGCAUGUGGAGAAGCUUGCGGAGAUGGAGACUCUGGAGGCUGCUAGAGUUCUUGGGGAGGAUAAAGUGCCGGAGGAGAAAUUGGUGUGGCCGAAGGACGCUACAAAGAUUAUCAGUCUUGUUACGCCUCUGCUGCGACGUAUGGUUACGAAUGAGCGGCAGAGGAUGUACGCGAUUGAGACGAGGAAGGGGGGAAGUAAGAAGAGGGAAAACGGCGCGGAAGAGCCUCCGCAGAACCAAGCGGAAGCACUGUCUGGCAAUGCACAGCCAGUGGUAUCUGUUGCUUAUAAUAGACCGCACCUGCCAACGCCCCAGGACAUUGUCCUUCCUCAACAAGCAGAGCGUGCGUCUCCAACUCGGUUGGAAGCACAACCGCAUGUCUCCCCUCCCGUGCAAGAUCGAGUUGCACCAACUUCCCAAACGCCCCCGCAACCUGGUCCAACUCUUGAUUCUGUUGAGACAGAACAACUGCAGGACGAAAUGCUUCCAACAGCUGGCAGUCAGGUUGCAGAUCUACGGAAGAUUACAAUUCAAAUGGUCAAAAAUGGUGCAAAGCUUAAAGGUUACAAGCAAAUCGAACUUCCGGAAAGAGCGCCAACAGACUAUCACUGGGAGGACUUACAGACCGAUUUGAGGAUCUUGCUGCGGGAGGCCAUGAAGACGUAUCCAGCCCUGCGCUCCAGUGUGCUAGCAUCUACCGAUGAUGGCAUGGGCCCAGAGACUUUGCGUGGCCUCGCCGUGGCGGCCACCGAGUUCCAGAAACAAUCACACUCCCCAAAAGGCCUCUCCCCUUCAAAAAGCCAGCCUACUUCGCCCCUGACAACUGAUGGUCCGGGGUUAUCCUACCAAUUGAUUACAGACUUCGACCAAUUGGUCUCGGAGAUGGGACCUAGAAGCGACACCGCGACUUCCACUGGUAACGUCUCUUCGCACGCAAAUAAUCGUUCAGCCAUCGCCGCGAUUGAAGAUCACAUCACAGAACCCGGCAUCCUGAGUCCAACCGAUUCAACGCGCGCAUUGCUUGAAGGCCACACCAGUGCCGUUACCCCACAAACGACUGCGGACGAUGCUCUGCGCCACGACUCACCAUCUCGAGACUCAAUGCAGCCACUGGAACCGCGAUCCCAGCCAUACUCUACAACUCCCGCUCCUCCACCGACGUUACCAACACAUCAACAGGACAGCCAACUCCCGAGCUCGUUGCCCAAAUACACGAUCAAAGUAAUGCUAACGACCGGCCUCACGGAAAUCAAAGACGCAGAGACUUGGGACAGGGCGAAAGAUCACGUCGCGCGUGCUGUCUGGGCGGAUGGAACGAUGAACGUAGUCGUCGAUCUGAUAUAAAGAGCCAUUGUUGACUUGGACAUUUGAUUGUUAUGUCCCUUUUUCACGUCGAGUAUUUUAUUUGCGGGAAUGGAGUUGAGGAGUUUUCGCUGGGGGGCUUAUAUUGCUUCGGCAUAGACGUAUUCAUGAUAUGUUAUUACUAUGUCUGCUUCGGCAAGAUUAUUGUACUACAGGGUGAAUAGAGUUGUAAUUGUUCUAGACAUUCAAAUGUCUCUCGAUGGCACUACUUCAACUGCACCCCCAAGUGAUC